UCGAAAUGUUGUGGAAAGUUUACAUACAGGCCAUAGGGAGAGUUUUUUUUAACUAUAUUUUGUUUGAAAUUAAAUGUUUAAUAAUGCUAACGGAUCUAUUUUAACGUGGAGUGUGUGGUGCUAGUAGUAGUAAAGUUAUCAUGGAAUACGGCCUGCACAAUAUUUGGAAAAGGAAUGCUUUGUUCUCGGUUGAUAAAUUGCUUCUUAACUACUUUUCCCGAUUCAAAGUUGGACGAAAACUGUUUUCGACUUCCUCUACAUCUUUGAAAGGCCGAAGAGGAACUGUUGGUAUACCAUCUUGGGCUAAAGCAGCAAACAAGCGACGUGCGCAGGUCAUUCUGUUGGAUAAAGAGAAAACUCCUGCUCAGUUUGAUGCAGAAAUACGGCUUGCUGAUGACAAAUCAACUAAGUUUGAUUUUUUCACAACAAGUCGAGUUGGUGUUCACAAACCAAACGCAUCUAAUGUGAUGGAAAAUGGAAAAUCCAUAUCAACAUCCAAUGGAAACAUGAUAAUAUUUUAUCAUCCUCGUAAGAAUUAUUCUUCAGAAGAUAUAGAGCGUAACUCCAAUGAUCUUUUGCACAAAGAUUUGUCACAAGACCAAAGGGCCAGUCAUCUUACAGACACACAGAUUUCAGAGAUAAGAUCAUUACGAAAAUUAGACCCGAAAUUGUGGACAGUUGAUAUGUUAGCAAACAUGUACAAAGUCGAACCACUUGAUAUCAGUGAUGUGGCUCCGCUUAAUACAAGUCAGCAACUUCAUCUGGAAGUUGAGCAAGAGUUUCUCGCUACGCUUUCAGACUAUGAGAAAGUGGAGUAUUCCUAUUUCAAAGACAAUGAGAGGAAAAAGCAACUUCGAAAGUUUACCAAGGAAGGCUGAGAAUUUAGACUAUUUUAAAGUCUUUUGCAACAGUUUGUGAUCAAUGUGUAAUUCCAAAUACAAAAAAGUUAGUCCGUCAAAUUUAACAGACGUUGACAAAUGAGACAAUAAAAAUAUCAAUGUUAUAUAACCUAUCCAUAAUCAACAAACGGCUUCUGUAGUGAAUGUAUCAUAAUUGUGAUAGUCAAUGUUAGAAGUACACCGCAAAUUACGUGAA